UGUAAAUGGGCAUGGAGCUAAUCAUCUGAUGGGAGUAUAGUACAGCUCUAGCGCUGCUCUACUCAGCCAGUUCUAGCCAUGGCGGAGAGAGGGGACACCACUGACAUGGAUGCUCUAAGAUUGGAGGUGGAACAAGCAUUCUCUCGACGAAAGAAAAAAAAGUUUAAGGCCUAUAUGCGUGAUUUGGAGUGGAUGUAUGAGCACUGCUUUAGCAGGGAACUGUUUGAUGUGUACACUGGAGAUCGUUCCAAGCUCACACUGUUUGACAUGCAAACAUACAGGCAGUGGAAGAGUCACAUCGAUUAUGAGAGAGUUAUUCAUUUCCGACGAUUGCGGCAACGAAAUAUCAUAAUUCAGCCGUUAGUGUUGUCUAAGAUUGAGCAAGAGAGAGCUGGCUACAUAGACACUGAAAUCCAUCAGCAAGUUUUGGAGCUGCUUCGUUACUAUUGUGAGUCAUUCUUCACUGGAAUGGUUGUUCGAAUCGCUCCUCCAAUUGACAUCUCAACGAUCAAGAAAAUCACAAAGAGAGUUCACAGUAAAACACAUCGUGAACAAUAUCUUGUGGGAGAUCUACUCAAGUAUCUCCAGUCCAUUUCCCCAAGAGAUGCCUUCAGUAUUGUGGGUGUGACGAUGGUGGAUAUAUACCCGGGGCCAGAAUGGAACUUUGUGCUGGGGCAAGCCUCGACUACGACAGGUUGUGGAGUGUUCAGUUUCGGGCGGUUCUUCAAAGUUGUGCCUCAGCUUGACAGGAAAUUGGCAGAGAGUUGCCAAGUUAAAGAAAUGUGGGUUCUUAUGCGGGUGAUGACUCACGAGCUAUGUCACAUCUUCGGCAUCAAGCACUGCUACUAUUUUCAAUGCUCCCUCAACGAGAGCUCCUCCAUCAGUGAAGCUGCAACACAGCCUCUCUUUGUCUGUCCCAUUUGUCUCAAAAAGCUGCGAAAAUCGCUCCAAUUUAAUACCCUUGAGCGGUAUCAAGUGUUGCUAGAGGCAACCCGUCUUAUGCAGAGUGCUGUGAUUGAAGCCCUCCAAGUGUGGUCCGAGAGAGGGGGUACCAUGGCAACCACGAGUCAUCUGUCUGACGAGGAUUGCAUAGAAUCAUCUGAUGAACAACUAUACACUACGGAAAGUGUUGAUUCAUCAACAACCAACUUGGAUGAUGACAAUUGCGAAACUAUUAAAGCCUCAAUUUUAGUAGACCCAUUAUCAUCUGAAAACGUCGAAGCAUUACUACCUCAGUCGUCCAAUGGGAUUAGAGUCAUCAGCUUGGUCCACCACCCUUCCAUCAGCAGUCUCCCUAAAGAACUAUGGCACAGCGAACAAUUGGAAUAUUUCAACAGAGCCAUUGAUUGGCUAGAAAGAACAAUUGCAAAUUUUGAGGCUUUUGAGCAAAACUGGGAAGAGAGGAAACUGCACACUAGUGGGAGGACACGCUUCACCUUGCCAACCAUAGUGUUCCCUGGGUUCCUAUAGUGUGGCCAAUGGCUGUGUGUGUGUGUUCGUGUGUCUGUACUUCUUGUAUAUACAUUUCAAUCACUCAAAUAAUAAUUUAUUGUGUUUAUAGUACUAAUUACUAAUUACCGUGUUUGUUAUAUUAUGUUGUUCCAAUCUUGAACUUAAA